AUAAUAUAAAUUAUCCUAAGAUAUAACUACUCGCUCUGUUCUGUUAUAUAAUCUUCGGUUAAAAAUACCAAGUAGUAAAAUAUAUUAAUUGUACGUUUUUCAUUUUUGGACUUCAUCAUUUGUCCUUCAGACUUUUGGAUUGUUUAGAAUUUAUAUGGACGACAAAAGAAAAACACAUGAUCAGUUCUAUGCUAAAACAAAUAAUUGGCCGGUUUUAGGCCAAGUUUCGAAAGGAGUCACUUCUUGGCUUCUUCAGAAUCAGAGUUUAGAUAAGACUAUACCAGUUUGCCUCAGCAUUAUCUUUUUCUUUUCCAGUUACCUCGCGAUCAGAAAUUUGGCCUAGAUAACAAAUGGUAAUGUCUUCGAUUUGGUUUUCGUUUUUCAACAUAGAUAUGGCUUUCUUAUUAUUAGUGGAAAAAAAUGAUAUGGCUUCUUAUUCGAAAAUUAAUUUUUGCGAAAAAUAAAAUAAAAGAGUCUUACACAAAUCACAUUUAUUUUUUACCAAAAAAAAAUCACGUUCAUUUAUUAUCAAACGCAUUAGUAGGAGACCAGUUGCCCGCUUGUACACGCCAACGGACAACCACGAUAAGUUUCAAGUUUGGGGUAAUACAAGACAGAGCUCGCUAAAAUUUCUUCUUUUGCUUCUUCUUCAGAAAUCUAUUUAAAACAAUUCGAAAUCUCUUUUUAUCCAAAAAACAAUUCGAAAUCUCGAGACGUACAUCACCAUGCAUAUCAAGAUUACUUAUUUUCUACUCAUGCGAAGUUUGAUAACUCAUGUACGUACGUAAUCUAAGUGGAAGAGGCCAAGAGGGUGCAUGUUGAUAUGUUUAGUACAUAUUUGUCACUUCUUGGAUAAUUACAUAAUAAUUGCACUAUCGGUAGGUCGGCUCGAUCGUUUUGCCGUAUAUCCUAUGACAUCAUAUUGUAGUGUGUAGUACGUAGUUUACAUUAUAGAAGUAUUGGCGCGUAAGUGAAUGAUAUUACUAGUUUUGUGUAUGAAAAGAAUUUAUUGGAUCAAUGCAUAACAAAAGUAUCAAAAUAUUUGGAGUUUUUUGGGUAUAAGUAUAACUCAGAAACGUGGGUCCCACAUAAACGCGGUGAUAUGUCGGUAGCUUAUAAUUUCCGACGUGUGUAGAUUUGAUGGUGUUUGUAACCGUACGCCUUUUACAGAGGAUUACAUAUAUUUUAAUCGUCGAAGCAGAGAUGCUUGGGUAAUAGGAUAAGUUAGCUUGCACGGUAUUCGAGCUCUUGUGUGUAGCGGACCGUGACAGAAAAAAAAAGAAAAAACUUCACGGAUCGGUUAAUCUGCUGGAUCACAUGUGCUGUUCAGCCAUGUCCCCUUUGUACUUGAUUAAUUUAGAUAUAAAUUAUGCGAUUAUUUAUUACAUAUCAAUUCUUUCUUCUUCUUUUUGACAAUAUUCAUUCCAUUGUACGCCGCAUGCAAAAUAAAACAAAAGAGGAAAAGAACAAAAAAUAAAUAAAUCAGAAUUGAAGUGGGUUCUACUUCUACCGACGAGCUUUGAAAAUUACCGAUUUAUAUCUGGUUAUUAUGCGACGUGAGAUGUAUGAAAAAUAUAUCCCGGCGUAUUCACAUCGUGUCUGGUAGUCUCUAUUGUCAACUUGUAGUUAAUCAGAUUUUGUUUGUGUAUGUAUGGAUCUAAAACAACGUGAUAAUCGUGUCAAAUACAAUGUAAUUGGAACGUACGCGUGUUCUUCUAGCGAUAGGUCAAAGUAUUGAAACUGAACAAAUGCGACAAGAGUCAUAUCUUUGAUAAAUAAGAAGCAACAUGGGGAUAUCGUUGAUUUAUAUCAAAGAGCGUAUGCUGUUAUUAUCCACCGGCAGGUCGAUAUUUGCUCAAUCCUUAUUUUUUUCAAAACUAAGAAAAUAUAAUUUAUCCCUUUUCAACAAAAGACGAACCUUUGUUGGUAUGAUCCAAAAAGAAGAUAAAGAGAUUAUUUGUUACAAGUCGUCACAUGCGACUUUCUGUGCUUCACGGAUGAAUUGUAGUAUUAAUAUGGAAUAGACACACCGACAUGGUACUAUACUACUAUAUAUGAACUUUGUGCAAUCCGAUGUAUAUCAAGGAAUAUUGCACAAGACGUCGUCUUCCCUACUCAUAUAGUAAAGCAUCUUUGGUCUGAUGAUUGUAGAAAAUUUUAAGGACUAAUGUUGGCCAGUUAUUUACAAACUGACAAAUUCUAACGUAAAAAUGGCUUAUUUAUCGCAUGUUUGUCUUUUGGAAAUAAUAUUGGUUUCCAUGUAAAGUGAAUAAAGUGUAACCCAAUGGUUUUAUAGCUUUUCCUAUGAUGACUUUAGAUAUAGAGAGAAAUAGAAAAACAUUUCAAAAGUAAUCAAAAUAUAUAUAUAAUUUACUGUAAAAAAUUGAAGAAAUUUUACAGAAGUUUAGUGACAACUUUAAUAAAAGUCUGGAAGUACUCACGAAUCACACAUUUGACAUAUAUGGUCAAUUUGCACAAACUUACAAGAUUAGACCAAUGCAUAUAUAACAUUUUUUUUCUCAUUUUAUCGUUAAAAUCCAAGAAAGUGUACAACUGACUUACCUAGCUAGUGGUUGAUAUCUUGGACAGAAAAUUAUUAUUAUUUAUAUCCUUUAAUUGGGUUUGCCUUUUUUUUUUUUUUUUGUUCAAACCUUCAUUCAUUCAUUUAAGCAACUAAAGUUCAUCAGUACUAGCAAUCUCAGAGAGACUGUUAGAGAGCUAAAACAAAGCAUUUUUUGCCAGCCUAUCAGCCGGUUCAUUACAAACACGAAAAAUAAAUCGAAACGAGAUAGAGUUGAAGGAAGCACUCAACACGCCAAUGUCAUGGAGUAUCCCUCUAAUAGCAACCACAGCCUUGUUUCCUGUGAUUAUAUCAAUAAGACUUUUUGAAUCCGAUAAACAGAUCACGUCUUUGAUGCCAGAGAAAGCAACCUUUGAAAGGCCUGCAAGUAACGCUAACGCUUCUGCUGCUAGGGCUGAGGCAAUAUAGCGUUUUGUCUCGGUUCUUUGGAUAUCGCUUACGACUAACUCGUGCAGCUAUUAUUCUCUUUACGACCAGCCACAAACCAUAGUCAAACGUUCCGCAUUAGCUAGCCGUGUUGUGGAUCUCUACUUGAAAUUUGACUUGAAGCAACUUUACUAAUUAUUAAUUAUUUUAUAUACUGGACCUAGAAGUUUUGAUAUACUAUAGGUUAAUGUGGAGGUCCUUCCAUUGAUGUCAGUGCCCUAUUUCCUAACCUCACUAUACGCUUUUUUACUCGUUAUUAGUAAUAACUAAUAACUGUACUACAUACAUUUUCAUUACUACUAUUCACUAAUCUGGGAUAUAUUUACACUACAUGAAAACUUGCUUUGUAUAAUGUGAUAUACUCAUAGUUACAUAGGUAUUCCUGUCUGUGUGACGGACUGACGGCAGAUCUAGUUGACACAAGGUAUGCAUGGGUCAUUUUGUCUUGGCUUGCACCACUUUGCAGAGUUGUCAUAAAUUGUCCACAUUUAUGAUUAUUACAUACAUGCACGUCCCAGGUUUAUUAUUACCUCGUAAAAAGAUGCAUGAAACAGUAUAAAUAUACUUACACGAAAAUGCUGUUUUUCUUUUCUUUCCUUUCUCACAGCAUCGAUUUAUAUAAACAAAACAAACCCACAUUGUUUUUUGUUUUUUUGAGAACUGCCCACAUUGUUAAUGUAUGUAUAAUCAUAAAUCACAGUGACAACUCACUUCUUAAUUCCAUUAGUCCAUGACGCGAAGAAGCCAAACCGGCCGGACAUAACGAGUGAAGGGUGAAAAUGAAAAUACUCAGUCGGUGAAGUUAUAUUCGUACUCAUUCCAUAUCAUUUUAAGUAGUGUUUAAGUUUUUUGUACAAAAAUUAAAAAAAUAAAAAAAUUUAUAUAAUUUAUCUUGGUUAUAUAAAAGCAAUAUUAAAUAAAAUUAAUUCAACCAAUAAAAAAUACAGCAUUUUCUAAUCGGUCAUAAAUUUUAAAUAACAUUAUAAAAUAAAAUAAAAAUUCUUAAACACCAUUUAAAGUGAUACAGAGGGAAUAUUUAAGUAUGUGUGUAUAUAUAUAUAUUCAUUGGAUGCCAACAAAAAAUGAAAUUCCAAUUGCAUAAAGAUAUUCUGCAUUUUUCAAAUUUAUAGAUGUGGAUAUCUUAUUUUGCCAAUUAGAAAAUUUCCUAACAGAAAGUUAGACCUAAUUUUGCUCAACUAAUUUGGCCUUAAGUGCUACCAAAUCCACCACUCUUUGUAUUAUAUAUAGGCUGUAAAAUCAAUGGAGCUGUGAUUUCGAUGUAGUUCUAAAUAAAAGAAAAUAACGUUUAACCAAAAAAAUGAAAAAAUUAAAUAAACAUAUUACCGUCACGUGAUAUUACAGUUUUUGAAGGAAUAAAAUUUUCAAGCAAUAAAAAUAAUUUUGUCCACUCUAAUCCACUUGAACAAUUUAUUCCUUUGUAGACUGUAAUAAGUUGUUCGAUGUAAGACAAAAACAUAAACAUUGUGCCGUUUCAAGCAUUGACGGUUUUUCACAGAAUCGAUAUUGUGACCCUCUCACCGAAUCUGUAAUUUUCUACGAAGGUUUUUGGACGUUUUGCUAUCAAAAUUCAUGGGUUGAGUUCUUCAACAUCAUUUUGACCUCUUUGUGUUUUUCGAAUGCAGACUUUAAGAAUACAAGCGAAGCUUUUCUAUGAGUAUUUUCUCUUUUUAGUCACAUCUAUCUUUCGUCAUGUUUUACUUAUUUUCGUUUAUCAGUUUAUGGUCGAAGAUCUCCUAUUAUAACCAACUUAGCCGAUUAGACCCUUAAUUUAAUAUAAGCAUUUGGUGUUAAAAAAACAAACAAAGAGAGCUUUGCUAAAUAAUCCAAGGGAUGCUUAUGAAAUGAAAACAAUUUAUCAUAGCUAAUAAUCACAAAGUAAUAUUGAUCUGCUAAAAGACAUAAUGCUAAUUCAAAUAUGCUAAACUACAAAAAAAAACACUUGAUUUCUUUUUCAAAAAAAAGAUUGAUUGAUUUAUUGUCGUAGGAAAACGAUGUAAGGCAUCAAUCAUAGUAGAUGAUAAAUGGCAUAGAGAAGGAACAAAUAUGAUAAAUCAAAGAAAAAGGUGCUUUUGCAAAAUUCCUCAAGGAAUAGUUAUGAAAUGAAUAGUAACAAAGAUAAUUAAUUAACGAGAAAUUCCAUGUGAAUUCCUUUAACACUGGUGGGGUUCUAUCCUAUCCCUUUCUCUUUCACGUCAAAAUAUUAAAAAUGGCAUUGCCACACAGUCUCAGUCGCUCUUAAGUUUAUCAUGUGCACACAUGCCAUUGCAUGUGGAUCUCUAUAUAAAUCAAAGCCUUUUCUUUUCUUUGCACAACCCAAUCAUUAUUUAUUGUUCAACACUCAAGAAGAGCUUUUGAGCGACUCAAAAAAUAUCUUUAAACUAUAACUGAAUAAAAAAAAGAACAGACUGCAUAAGGAAAAUCAGCGAUUAAUGAAUUUAAACGUUACUGAUGUGAUGCCAUCCCUAUGAAUGUGUAUUUGUAGUUGUAGGGACGAACUUAUACGAACGGAACUUAGGGAACAUGUGAGAGAAUUGAAGGGAUAAGUAAUUACGAAUGAGCUUUAUAUAAAGUAUACACCAUAUCGUGGAGUUUUCAAGUGAUGAUAUGUGGAUCUUUUCAAAUGAUAUAGAUGGGUACCAAUAUCCUAAUGUUUUAGUUUUUUUUCAUCAUUGUACUAACUUAUCCUCUCGAAUAAUUGCUUCGUGAUGCAUUCAUGACCAUGACAUGACCAAUGACCCACUUCGUCGUUAAUGAAGAGGGGAGGGGAGGGAGGGGGGGAAGCAGUCGAACCUGAUGGGCUUACCAAAGGCUAAAACUAGAAAAUACAAUAUAUAUGGUUUUGAUGACUAGUUUUGGGCCAGUUGUAUUGAUAAGGAAUCUAAUGGAGACUCUGAGAAAACUACACAAAUUUUCUCAAAACAUAUGGAUAAUGGAUUUGACAUAAAAGAAAAUGGGGUGAGAGAGGCUCGAACUCUGGACCUCAGGAUCACUCAGUAGCUAUGAGACCUACGCGCUAGCCAACUGCGCCACCACCCCAGAUGCCUUGUCACUCAAAACUAAACUUUAUGUCUUAUUCUCAUGCUCUUUUUGGAACUGAGUCAAAAUAAGAAUUAAAAUGGCUUUUAAUAAAAUACCACCAGUAAUAUGGUAUAAAUAUAAUGUGAACACAGCAGCAAUGCAGCAUGUUUCUAAAAGAACCAAAAACAAUAAUUGUUGAAAUAAAAUUUAAAUUUAAAUCACUGAUUACCACUAUUUGCAAAUUUUGUAUUUCAGACAACCUAUUUGAGAGCAGGUAAGUGUGACAGGAAGUCCUCGUGGAAGGAGCUGACAGUUCAUAGAAUCUCUCCAAUUUCUUCUUACAGCUCUUUCCAAACUUUCUUCCAACUGUCUCUCCUAUUUGCCACGUUUCCUGGCUCCACCACAACUAUCCUUAUUCCUCAUUAUCGUGUAAAAAAACAGUUCACAUAGACACAUAUGAAUUAUAAGGGAUUGGAUAUGCAGAUAGUAAAUUUCGAGUUGUAUUAUAUGUAAGGAUAAAACUAUAACAUUCUAAUAUAUAAGGUGGACUUAGUUCAGAAAAUAAAACCAAAGAUGUGGAUUUAAAAAGAUGAUGAUGAACAAGGAUGGUCGUGCGUACGUGUGUCUAUGAAAGAUGCUCUGCAAUGAGCUCAUCUCAUGAUGUAGUCCUUUACAGCAUGUAUAUGUCUUUUAGUUUUAGCUAUAUGCAUUGCAUAUAGGUCAAAUAAAAAGAAACAAUCCACAAUGUGUAACAAAAAAAGAAAGACCUAACAUACAAAAUUCAGAUAACUAAAAAACAGGAGAAAUCUCAAUGCUUAGAAGUAUUAGUGUAUUAGUGUAUAAUAUUCCAUCUAUGUACGUUAAAAUUUUAAAAUAAUUAUAUAUAUAUAUAUAUACAUAUAUCUAAUAUCAUGAAGGUAUGCUAAGAGAAUAUAAAGAGAGAAUAAUAACAAUUUAGCAAGAGCGUCCAAUAUAACUGUUUUUUAUUAGCAAGAGUCGUCUCAUAUAAUCUAAGAAUACGAAAUUUGGAUUAUACACCAACGACUAACGUCGCUUGAAACCGCAUAUAUGAUGGAAUAAGUUAAAUAUUGCACUAGACACUAAAUUUGGAUGAUUAAAUAAGGAGGAUGACAACAUGAUCUUUCUGAUUUAUAAUUGUAGUUCCAAAGUCGUAAACAUUGAGGAUGAGAAAUCGUCAAAGUGAUCUACCCAAAAGUCAAGAGCCUCUUCGUCAAUAUUUUUAUUUAUUUCUACUCAUGGUUUGGUGGAAAGAAUAAUGGACUUCCACUAAUCAUGAAAACUCAUUACAAAAUCUGUUUGGCUUAGUCACUAAAUAAAUACUUGAUAUUUGAUACACAAACAACACAUACACUCCACAUCAAUUUGACAAUAUGAAUGAGUGCAGCAGCUAAUAUAGUUUAUUUAAAUAAUAACAUCGGGUUGUCAGUUAGCUAUGCAUGUCGUUUUUUAUAAAUAUAUACCUAAAUCAGAUGAUAGGAUCAGGAAUUAUGCCCCAUAAUUAUAUUGUAAUUAAAUCAGAGACUUUAGAACUACAGAAUUGUAUGAAAAAGAUAUAAGGAACAGAAAGAAUGUAAUUCUAAAAUCCAGACUGUUCUUGUUCGUCUGUUCAUAGCUUUCCAGUAAGCUGAUGAUUAAAGAGAAGGUUAAGUACAUGUUAGCAUGUGAGUAUAAGGAAUAAGUUCCAUUAUUCAAUAUUUUCUAUAUACAAAUGCAUUUAAAUUAAUAUUGUACAAAUAGUAUAUACUAAUUUUAGUGUGAAGAACUUGAUCAUCAGUAGAAUUGUGCUACACGAAACCUACAGAGACGAGCAGGAGGAAGAGAACAAGAGACCAACUCAAAAGAGAACAUGGGAAAAGAUAAAAACAAAAUACUGUAUUAAACAACUGUAAUUUGACAUGAUCCGCAUAUUAUUAAAUGUACUUUAGUGAUUUAAGGAAUAUUAUCAUAGAUAUUUCCCUAAUCACCUAAUAUCUUAACGACAUAUAUAAAAUAACUACAUAAUCAUAUUGUAUCUUUUAUUUCCUUUUAAAUCCUGGUAUGAUAAUGUAAACUCAGUAUGAACAUUAUUAGUUUACUAAUAUUAUCAUAAAAAGAAUUGAGAUUCUUUAAAAUCUACAAAUUGAUUAAACUAGUUAAACAUUAACAGAAAUAAUCAAUUACACUAUCUGGUAAGCAAUAAGUACCUUGUUAUUUUGAGAUUUAGCAUAGUUAAUAGAGAAUUAAAACUAUAUUAAAAUGAUCAAAUACGCAAGAAGAACGUCGCUAUAAUAGAAAAGAAGUGGUAUCUAAUUAUAUAAUAGAGAAGGAAAGUUGUGGAGGAGCUAUAAUGAUAAAACCUGGCAAAUUAGACAGCCAAGACAUACUCAAGUGCUGCCUUGUCACAUCUUUUUCCUUCUUCUUACAAAACCCUCCAAUCCCAAUUCUAACAUCUCAAAACAAUCUUGUUCCUUCUCUCUCUACAUCUCUCUCUCUCUCUCUCCCUCUCUGUUUGCGUAGGGUCGGACCCAAUACGACACUGGAUCAAGGGUUGCGGAUUGCAACCUUUUGAUUGGUCUCACUUCUCUUUGCCCAAUCAAAAACAUCAUUUGAUGAUAUAAAGAAGCCAACUCUGUCCACUGCAAAUCCCUUUCCUUUCUUUUCUAUUCCUCUUCAUUUCUUUCCAUAUUAAAUUUAUUUUUUCAAAUUUAUUUGUUUUGUUGGUGCUGUAUGAUCAACAUCAUCAUCGGAAAACACCAUAUUAUUUGUUAUUAAAUUCUAAUAACUAUUUGAAACAAAUGUCUCAAACUAGCUAUUACCGAUCACCGUUCGGAGACACGACUUACACCAAAGUCUUUGUUGGAGGAUUAGCAUGGGAAACUCCCACCGAAGAGAUGCGUCGUUACUUCGAUCAAUUCGGAGAGAUUCUUGAAGCAGUCAUCAUCACCGAUAAAAAUACUGGCAAAUCUAAAGGCUACGGUUUCGUCACGUUUCGAGAGGCGGACUCUGCGACGAGAGCCGUGGCUGAGCCAAACCCGGUGAUCGACGGAAGAAAAGCAAAUUGUAACAUUGCUUCUUUUGGACGGCCUCGACCAUCGCCACCUCGAGGUCGAGGACAAACAGGAAGUCCGAGUCAGUACCAAAGUGGAGGACCAUCAGCCUAUACUGGGAUGGCUUCACCACUGCCACCGGCUGCAGCUGGCCACCAGCUCAUGUACCCGUCCUAUGGGUACACCUAUAACCCUGAUCAGUUUGGAUACCACCAAGCACUGUACAACACACAGUUGCAACAAGCACAAUACUAUCAGCAGCAGCAACAGCUAUAUGGAGGAGGAGCCACAUCACCAUCAUCAUCAGCAGCCAUCAUGCCUUCUCCUUACUAUUACGGCUAUUCUCUUCAAGCUCCUAGAGUGCCAUACCAACAUCAUCAUCAUCUUCCUCAACCAUAUAACCCUCAACAACAUCAUCAUCAACGGUUUACUUCUCCUUUCCUCGUUUACCCAUCCAAUUCUUCUUUUGCACCUCCACUCCAAGGACCACUAUCUUCUUUCACUGAAUCUGAACCACCAGAACAAGUACUAGCAGAAGGCGAGGCAACAACAGCUGCUGCACCUGAAAUCACAACGGGCAACAAUAAAGAACCAAUUUCUUCUUGAUCUCUUGCGUUUUCCCAAUUUAGCUAUGUGACUUGAGCCCCAAGAAGACGACCCAAGAGUCAAGACUGUCUAUCUCUUUAUAAGACUCUUGUCAUAGUAUUUAUCUCCAUAUUUUUCUGAAGGAAUCUAUACAAACCGUGUCCUUCAUGUUCUUCUUUUUCGUUAUUUUCCAUUCUAAUAAUUUCAACUUUAUGCUAUAUGAUUCAUAUUCUUGCUUUCUCCUUUAUCUUUUUUUUACUCCUUUAUAUCCCCUCAGUUUUUUUGGAGUUCCAAAUUAUGUAACCCAAGUGAGAAACAAAAAAGUUAUGAAUCAUUGCAAUUAUGUAUA